CUUCCUCGCAAUUUAACAGGAAAGCCGCUCACAAAAACUGUGUUACUGCUCCCCACAUCACCAAAGCCCCAAGCAACAUAAGCAAGUCUUCUUCUGAUCCAGUGCUCCAAUCCGAUCCCAUCAUCAUCAUCAUCAUCAUCAUGGCUCAGUCAAUUCCAGCUCCAGCUCCAACUGUCGCACAGUUUGCCAACCCUAUUCCCGUAAUCUGCACUCAGUACUGUACACCUUAUACCGUUGAUCUGGCGGUUGUCAAAAAAGUCAUGACCAUAUCCGGUGGUAACUUUGUUGUCACAGACAGCAAAGGCACCGUCAUUUUUUAUGUGAAAGAAAAAUUAAUGUCCCUUCAUGAUCAUCGUGUUCUGUUUCAUGCUGAUGGAAAUCCUAUUGUCACUCUUCGAGAGAAGAUAAUGUCUGCACAUCACAGAUGGAAUGUGUAUAGGGGCAAAAGCAAAGAGCCCAAUGAUCUGAUUUUUACUGUUAAGCGAUCUUCAAUGAUUCAAAUGAGGGCAAAGUUACAUGUGUUCUUGGCAAAUAACACAAACGAAGAGGUAUGCGACUUCAUGGUUGAAGGGAGUUCGCAUGAAAAAUCUUGUGUCGUAUAUACCGGAGAUCGUACCAAUAUAGUUGCCGAGAUGGGUAAGAAGACCACCGUUCGAAGUGCUCUGUUCGGAAAAGACAAUUACUCGGUAACUGUUCAUCCUAACGUUGAUUAUGCAUUCAUAGUCGCGCUUAUUGUGAUUCUAGAUGACAUGAACCACAUAAGCGACACGGAUGAUUUGUUGAUCAAUUCAGAUGCUGAAUUUACCUUUGAGUUAUAUGAACAAGGAAAUGGGAGAGUUAAUUUGGAGAUCACUAGGGGAGGUGAUGGAGGUAGAUGUACAGGAGGAUGGUUUGGCUUGGGGAAGUAUGAGAAGUUGUAUAGGCUGUGUUUUAAUUGUGGGAGGAUUGUUCAUGAUAAGGAGAGUUGUAAGGAGAGGGAUGGGAAUUCAGAUCAGUAUGGUGUUUGGUUGAGAGAUUUACCUCAAAUGAGGAAAGGUUCUGCCAGGAGCAAAGAUCAGAGAGGGAGUGAUUAUAAUGAGAAAAGAGAAGAAAAUUCAAGGUCGGGAUCUGAUAAAAUGGAGAAGGGAGAAGAGUCAAAAGGGGGAGGGAUGGAGGAUGUGAUAGGGAAAUAA